CCAAAAUGGCGGCCACGCGCUCCCGCCCCGCCUUCGCCCUCGCGCCACGUGUCCGCCCGGCGAGAAGGGCGGGCGCCAGGAAGGAAGAUGGCCGCCGCGUCUUCACGGGGCUCCUCUCCAGGGGGCUUUCCCCUGUGAUCGGGGGCGGAGAGAAAGUUAAAGUGCGGCACUCGCUGACGGGGGGCGGGAAGAGGAAGGGGAGACACUCCAGCCCCCCUUCCAAAGGUGACCCCCUUCUCCAAUUCUUACCUGGUUGACAGGUAAGGGUGUCAGGAAGGGACACAACAUCCCCCCCCCCUUUAUAUCAACCCCUCGCUGCCACUCCCCCCCCCCCAGUUAUUCUUUCCUUCCCUUUUAAAAAUACAUUUUUCUGUAAGAAGAGAAUCGCCCUAGCUAACCCCACUUGCCCCCCCUCCAAUAACUUACACCCUCAGAGGUCACAAGAGACCAGUUUAGACCCCCCUCCCCUUGCCCGGUUGUAACACCCCCAUCAGAUUUGCAGGUUCUGAGCCCUUCUUGUCCCUCCCCUGCCUCCCCCCCCCGUUUGCUUAUUUUGUGGGUGGUGCCCCCUUAUUUCACCCUCCCCUCCUUCCCUCUCUCUGCCAGGGGGCCCUUCCUGGGGGAGGGAGGCCCCCCACUGCGCUUGGAUCAGGGGCCGGUGGGGGCAAGGUGCCCUCCUGCUUCCUCACCCCCACCUGCCAGCCAUGCCCACCCUGGAGCGGGUGGCCAACGUGGCCCUGCGGGUGCCCAGCGUCGUCCUGCUGGACCUGCUCUACCGCUGGGACGUGCAGACCUUUGCUGACCUGCUGCAGCCUCGAACCAGGGAGCCCCACCUGCCUCGCCGGCACCUCUGGACCCUCUACUAUGCAGGUCACCUGGUUUGCGUGGUGGUCCUCCUUCUCCCGGUCCGGUUUCUCGUGAAGUUGUACCUCUACAUCCUGACGAUGCUGUUGCUCUAUGUGGGCCAUCAGACGGUCAGGGACUACAUCUGGCAAGAGACGGGCCGUGAGUUCCAGGGGGCCGUGUACAACGAUCCCGUGGCACUCAGUCGCUUUGCCACCGUGCUCACAGGUGAGGAGUUCAGUGGCUUGGGAAGGGGUUCCAAAGCUUUGGUGCCGCGACCAAAAAAGGCCCUUUCUCGGGUUGCCACCUGUCUAGUUCCAGGUGGCCGCAACUGGAGCAGAGCCUCCAAAGAUGACCCAAGUGAGUCAGAAGGUUGA